AACAUCCUUUACUUCUUCAGCUGUGUCUCCGUCUGUCCGCCAGAUGCCGCUGUUCCUCUGUUAACCGGGCCAAGCCGCUUAGUCUGCGCGCAUGCGCAGUAUCCUCAUUUGGCCUCUGGUCUUUCAGACGCUUAUGAUGCGCAGAAAAGGUUGUACGCUGCGCGGCGCUUGUACUCAACUGUUUAACGUCUAAACUCGGCCUGAGGAGUCCACUUGGCACUUUCUGCUGACGAGAAGAUCCAUCACGACGCUUCGCUGUAUGUGGAGUCUGCCUACAGUUACCACGAGCACUGAUGUAGCAUUGUGGCCACAGUUGUGGUUCCUCUCCCUCUACCUCUGGUCCCCAGUGCCUCACUGCAUGACCUCAGACAACACUAAAAUCCACGAGGCCUUCCUCGCCCAGGACCCUUUCCUCUGGACCCCUGACAGCUCAGUAGCCACAGCACUACAAUCUCCUCAUCUCAUUUUCUAACAGAAGAAUAUUUUUUUCCCCACAUUGGCGUUAAACGCCUCCACUUGGGUCAGUGGAGGUGUUGAAGAGCCGUACCGCAUCCUAUUCAUCCUCGUGAAUCAUUUUUUCUCCUGGUUGGCUUGAGCCCGGUUCUGCCGGCCGCGCGACUAUUCAAAACUGGGGCGCGAUUCAUGGGAUGCAACCAUGUCGGAUCUCAGUGAGCGCAGGCCGGUCAACACGGACUACGCUGUCUCCCUGCUGGAGCAGCUCAAGUUCUUUUACGAACAGAAAUUACUGACUGACGUUGUGCUGCUGGUGGAGGACACGGAGUUCCCAUGUCACAAGAUGGUCCUGGCUACAUGUAGCUCAUAUUUCAGGGCGAUGUUCAUGAGCGGCCUCAGCGAGAGCAAACAGACCCACGUCCACCUGCGGAACGUGGACCCAGCCACCCUGCAGAUCAUCAUCACUUACGCCUACACGGGCAACCUGGCCAUCAGCGACAGCACCGUGGAGCCGCUCUACGAGACCGCCUGCUUCCUUCAGGUGGAGAACGUCUUGCUGCAGUGCAGAGACUACCUGGUGAAGAAGAUAAAUGCGGAGAACUGCGUCCGCAUGCUGAGCAUCGGCGACAUGUUCAGUUGCAGCGAGCUAAAGCAGAGCGCCAAGCGCAUGGUGGAGCACAAGUUCCCCAUGGUGUACCGGCAGGAGGCCUUCCUUCAGCUCUCCCACGAGCUGUUGAUAGACAUCCUGAGCAGCGACAACCUGAACGUGGAGAAGGAGGAGACGGUGCGCGAGGCGGCCAUGCUGUGGUUGGAGUAUAACAUGGAGAUCCGCAUCGACGCACUGUCCGAGGUGACUCAGCGUGCCUGGUUCCAGGGUCUGCCGCCCAAUGACAAGUCUGUGGUGGUGCAAGGCCUCUACAAGUCCAUGCCCAAGUUCUUCAAGCCUCGAUUAGGCAUGACCAAGGAGGAGAUGCUGAUCUUCAUGGAGGCCAUGUCGGAAACGAGCGAAGCAUAUGUGAUGGCUGGGGCCUUACCCAUCACAGUGGUGUGUUACAGCCCGCAGGCGGAGAAAGUGUACAAGCUGAACAACCCCCCAGGCGACCUGCAGAAGGUGGGGACCCUUGUUACACCAGACAAUGAUGUGUUCAUUGCCGGCGGACAGAUCCCGCUCAAAAACUCCGUUACCAACCACGGCAAGAGUGGCAAGUUACAGGCGGUCUUCCGCUCGGUCGAUAGCUUCUUCUGGUUUGACGCCCAGCAGAACGCCUGGGUACCCAAAACCCCCAUGCUGUGUGCCCGAAUCAAGCCCUCACUGGUCUACUGCGACGGCUACAUCUAUGCAAUCGGGGGAGAUAACGUUGGGGGGGAACUGAACAAGCGCACGGUGGAGCGCUACGACUGUGAGAAGGACGAGUGGAGCAUGAUGAGCCCCCUGCCCUUCGCCUGGAACUGGAGCACCUCCGUGGUGGCGCACGACUGCAUCUACGUGAUGACCCACGACCUGAUGUACUGCUACUUCCCCCGGGCCGACACCUGGGUGGAGAUGGCCAUGCGCAAGACGAGCCGCUGCUUCGCCUCCGCUGCUGCUUUCGGUGACCUCAUUUUCUACAUCGGCGGCCUCCACGUGGUCAGCAACUCUGGCAUUCGCUUGCCCACAAGCACCAUUGACGGCUCCUCUGUCACCGUGGAGAUCUACGACGUCAACAAGAAUGAGUGGCGCCUGGCCGCCAACAUCCCUGCCAAGCGGUACUCGGACCCGUGCGUGCGUGCGGUGGUGCUGCUCAACUCGCUGUGCAUUUUCAUGCGCGAAACCCACAUGAACGAGCGCGCCAAGUACGCUAUCUAUCAGUACGACAUGGAGCUGGACCGCUGGUACCUGCGGCAGCCCGUGUCCGAACGCGUGCUCUGGGACCUGGGCAAGGACUUCCGCUGCGCGGUGGGGAAGCUGUACCCCUCCUGCCUGGAGGAGUCCCCCUGGAAACCCCCAACCUACCUCUUCUCCCCCGACGGAGCCGAGGAGUUUGAGGUGGACGGCGAGCUGGUGACCCUCCCUCAUGUAUAG